AUGGACGGUCGUCCUUCUAAAAGACAACGCAGAUCCAAGGAUUCAAAGACGACAAAACCAAAACGAAUCAUUUCAGAUAGCUCCAGUCCUAUCGAAUCAACAGAACCCUUCGCGCUCUCCUCGCGUCCCAAACCCUCCUACUCACGCGCAACACCACCAACCCGGCUCCCCUCGUCCUCCUCUCCAAACCGAAAGAACAAAUUGUCACCAAACCCAGACUCCGAAUCUAAGUCCCUGCAUAGAUUCUUUCAACCCGCAACAGAGGGACAGCGAUGGGCACCAAAGACCGAAAAGCAGUCUGACCCGCCGGUCAGGGAGACUGUCGACGUGGACCUCAUUGAGGAUGACUAUGACUCCUAUGAUGAAAUUUUCACACAGCAUCUAGUUAAUGAGCGGGCGGCAACGAGUCUGGCGGCCGUGAACUCUAGCCAGAUGCGUGAACCUGCGCAAAAGCCAGCGCCAAAGCCAAAGGCCCCAGUCAAACCACCGCGGAAGAUGACAAAACGGUUCCUUCUCUCUACAGACUAUGAAAAUGGCACUACGAAGGAGCCAUUGGCUGCGCAAUCGGCUGGCGAACCGGGCCGUCGACCAUGGGCUCAGCGGUUCGCUCCAGCCAAUCUGGGCGAAUUGGCCGUUCAUAAGAAAAAAGUCUCGGAUGUACAGCAUUGGUUGGAAGAUGCCUUUUCUGGGAGACGUUCUGAGAGGUUACUCGUCCUACGGGGUCCGGCAGGCAGUGGGAAGACGACCACUGUAUCCCUGCUCUCUGAUUCACUUGGUUACGACGUUGUCGAGUGGAAGAAUCCCCCGGUUUCGGAAUUUGGAGCUCACGAUUAUCAAUCCGUGAGCACGCACUUUGAAGAGUUUCUUGGACGGGGUACUAAAUUUGGAGGGCUUGACCUCGAAACUGCCAGCGAGCUCGAUCCCCAGAAAUAUAAAAAACCUCGAGAUCAGCGGAUACUUCUUAUAGAGGAGUUUCCCACUGUGCUUGGCCGGGCGUCCUCCGCCCUCACGGCGUUUCGGACGUCUCUUCAACGAUAUUUGGCUGCCUCUGCGAAUGAUCAGGCCCGGGACAUGUCCGGGCCGAAUCACCCGCCCAUUGUGAUCAUCAUGUCAGAGACUUUGUUAGGAUCUGCGUCAUCGACCUCAGAUAACCUGACAGUUCAUCGGUUGCUAGGGCCCACGAUCUACAAUCACCCCGGGACAACGAUAUUAGAUUUCAAUAGCAUUGCACCCACUUUUAUGCACAAGGCUUUGCGGUCCAUCUUGGAUAGAGAGGCGCGGGACUCCGGACGUAUCCAGAUACCUGGGCCAGGUGUUAUAGACAGUAUCUCUGAAAUCGGCGAUAUCCGCAGUGCAAUCUCCUCUCUCGAGUUCCUCUGUCUCAAGGGGGACGAUACGGGGAGAUGGGGAGGCAGUGUGGCCAAAACAAAGAAAGCCCGCGGCGAGGUUGCUUUGACAGCAAUGGAGAAAGAGUCUCUCAAGAUGAUAACUCAGAGAGAGGCGAGUCUGGGCAUGUUCCAUGCCGUUGGAAAGAUCGUGUACAACAAACGCAUGGACCCGAGCCUGAUAGAGGGUGAUAUCGAGGUCCUUCUACCUCCACCAGACUAUAUGCGCCACUAUGCCCGACCAAACGUUUCGCAGGUAUUGGUCAAUGAUCUGGUUGAUGAGACAGGAACCGACAUAUCAACGUUCAUCAGUGCUCUCCAUGAGAACUACAUCCCAUCCUGUGAUGGGGAUAAUUUCACCGACUAUUUCAACGACUGUAUUGAUGCACUCUCCGAUAGCGAUAUCCUCAGCGCCGACCGCCGACCAGGGCAAGGGGCACGGGCUGGGAUAGGAACUGGAAUUACCUCUUUCGGUAGCGGUAUCGACGUGCUCCGGCAGGAAGAAAUGAGUUUCCAGGUUGCGGCACGCGGACUUCUUUUCGCCCUUCCAUACCCGGUCAAGAGACGGGUUGGGUCAACUGGACAAAGCCGCGCGGGUGAUGCGUACAAGAUGUUUUACCCGGCAUCUCUGCGAUUGUGGAGAGAGGCUGAGGAGAUCGAUGGACUGAUCGACUCAUGGGUGAAUCGAUCACUUGAUCCUUUGGGACAGCAACAUCUUUCUCAAAAUGGUUCUGACCUCACGGGUGUCAGUUCCUGGAAGAAUUUCCAGGUGGGAAGGUCGGCCCUAGGGAACAAAGAUGACAGUCCAUGUAUGGUCACAAUGAUACCCCGGAAUGAUCUACUGCUUCAUCAACUGCCCUAUAUGGCUGCAAUUCAGCAUCAGAAUCCGGAUUGCUGGCAGUUGGAUAAGAUCACCCGCAUUCGUUCCAACGAGAAUCUUCGUAAUGAUGGCAUCGACGAUAUGGAAGCAUCACCAGCACAGCAUGUGAAGCAACCCACUAAUGCUUUGGAACCUGGACUGCCCGAAGAGAAAUUGAUACUCAGUGAUGAUGAUAUUGUUGAUUAA